CAGUAAGGUAGUCGCAGCCACGACGCAAGUGGGAGGGCCAGGCUCGACGCUGGAGAAUAAAAUGACAUCGAUGGCGCGCCCGUCUCCCCACCCUACACUCACAUGCCGGGCUGGAUCCACGACACAGGACGCAGUUGAGUCCGAGGAACCCUCGUGAACAGACAACCGGCCCUUGACAGUCACGGCCAUGCAGCCGAAAACGACGUUUGCCUUCUGCCUGGCCGCUGCGGGCUUUGAGACAGCAGCAGCUCUCAAGCGCAUUGUCUCUGCCGCUGGCCAGACCGCGGCGAUCCCGUCGUGGGAUCUGCAGUCGAGCGCAAAGGCCGGCAGCGACCUCGCCGCGCUGUCCAAGCCGGGCGUCGACACGUCCUCCGGGGUGUACAACGACACGCAGCUGUUCUUCUCGGACAACCUCAGCAAGGUCGACGCCGACCAGUUCCUGGUCCCGUGGCUCUACCGCAACGAGUUCGCCCUCGACAGCGCCGCCCCCGGCAAGCACUACUUCCUCAAGACCCACGGCAUCACGUCGCGCGCCGACAUCUUCCUCAACGGGAAGCAGGUCGCCGACAAGAGCGUCCAGGCCGGCGCCUACGGGGGCCACACAUACGACAUCACCAGCCUGGCCGAUAAGAAGAACGUCCUCGUCAUCCGCGCCUACCCGACAAGCUACUACUACGACUUUGCCAUUGGCUGGGUCGACUGGAACUACUGGCCCAACGAUAACGGGACUAGCGUAUGGCGCGACGUCGAGGUCAAGCAGACCGGGUCCGUGGCCCUCGGCCCGCUACUACAAGAACACACCAUAUUCAUCGUCAACGGCCAGCCCUUCCAGGUCAUCGGCGGCGGGUACGCGCCGGACAUCUUCCUACGGUCGGACAGCGCGCGGCUCGAGGCAGAGCUCAAGUACGUGCUGGACCUGGGCUUCAACACGAUCCGGCUCGAGGGCAAGAACGAGCACCCGGAGCUGUACGACCUGGCCGACCGCAUGGGCGUCAUGAUCAUGCCCGGGUGGGAGUGCUGCGACAAGUGGGAGGCGUGGAGCUAUAACAACGACCUGGCCGUCGCCACCCUACUCAUGUACUUCAUCGGCAGCGACUACUACCCCGACGACCGGGCCGCGCCCAUAUACCUCGACGCGUUUAGGGCCGGCGACUGGCAGGUGCCGCCCAACUACUGGUACGACACGGAGCCGUACGGCAAGCGGCUAGGCGCGGCGUACGGCUUCAACACGGAGCUCAGCGCUAGCGUCGGAACCCCCGACCUAUCCAGCCUCAAGAAGUUCCUCUCGGCCGCAGACCUCGACGACCUCUGGAAGAACCCCAAUAAAAAUCUGUUCCACAUAUCGACCGCCACCUCCUCGUUCCACAACCGCGCCAUCUACAACACGGCCCUGUGGAAGCGGUGGGGCGCGCCAACCUCGCUCGAGGACUACCCUGCACUGGAACAUCUAGGACUACUACAUGUACCCGGCGGGGGGUACUUUGGCGCCAAGACGGGCAGCCGCGCCGAGCACGUCACGUUCGACUACGUGCGCCAGGCCGUGUACCUAGUCAACCGGUCGCUGGGCAAGGCGGGGCCGCGCACCGUCGAUAUCCAGGUGAUCGAUACGGCGGGUAAGACCAUCGCCUCGCUCAAGUCCGCGCUCAGCGGCAUCAAGGACGUGGUGUUCGUACGCCUGGUGCUGUCGGACAGCGCGAGCGGGGCGGUGCUCAGCCGCAACUUCGUAACGCCGGUGACCACCUACAGCGACUACACGGCGCUCAACAAGCUGGCGGCCGCCAGCGUGGCAGCCACAGCCACGCAGACCAAGGACGGCGGCGGCGGCGGCGGCGGCGCGGUGGCGGUGACGCUCGAGAACCUAUCGAGCGUACCGGCGUUCUUUUCGGACAGCUAUGUCACGCUGUGGCCGAGGGAGAAGCUGACGCUGAUGGCGACGCCGCUUGGGGGCGCGGCGGCGGGCGCGGCGGUGUUGCUGGCGGGGAAGAACGUGGCCAAGCAGACGGUGGCUGUGGCAUAGGGGUGGGUGGUUGGCGGCUUUCAUGGGUGUCUAUUAUAGCCAGCCAGCAUUGGUUAGGUACAUGAGUUUGAAUAAGCA